CGCCUCCACCCUCUCACAUCGCCCACUCACACAGACAAUGGCUGGGCCAAACCUCUACCGCGACCCUUGGGCAAAACGUGACGCUUGGCGCAGACAUCCCGUCUUCGCCAGGCGGCAGAUGUUCGCCAACAUGUUCCCCGGCUUCGGCAUCGCGGUUGUUGCCUUCACCUGCUACGUCGUCGCAGACAACUUCUACGGUGGCAUUCUUCCACAAGAGCAGGCAAAGGCUCUUGAACACGGCAAAGAGCAUCAUCACUAGCCAUCAUCCGAGUACGGCAGUUGCUCGGCUCUCAACAGCGGCAUCGAUUAGGCAUGUCCUCGUGCAAACCUACAUUGUUCAGUGAUGGAUAGAAGGGCCCAGAUACCUUGUAUGUAGAGGGGUAUUGUUAGUUGCGUGGACAUGCGCCACACGCGUCAGAACUCGCUUUCUUCGCUUUCACCGACUGAUCAAGACACAUUGACCCCCUCUCGCCACCUCUCUGCACUUGUCCUCAGAUUCUGUCUUUUGUUCGCACCAUUGAACAACGCAAGCAUCAUGGCAACGUUCCGCACCUC